AUGCUUUCCCGCAAUGCCCAGAACCUGUACUGGAUAGGCCGCUACCUCGAACGGGCUGGCCACCUCUGUCGCCUGUUGCGGUUGCAGUCAGAGGUCCUUAUCGAUCGCCCCGUCCGGGAGAUCCAUUUUGGCUGGAACCGCAUCUACUCCAACCUGGAUCGUGAGCCGCCCGGCGGAAGUGUCGACCUGUUCGGCGAUGAGGACUUCGCCCUGGCCGACUCCUAUGCCCUGGCCGACGACCUGACCUUCGAACGGUCCAACCUCAGCUCGGUCUUCAGCUGCUUUGCCAUGGGACGCGACAAUGCCCGGCAAACCCGCCAGUGCAUCAGCCCGGAGGUCUGGACGACCCUGAACACAUCGUUCCAGAAGCUGCAGCUUCUGGAUAUGCCCAGCGUCUGGCAGGGGGAACCGAGGUUUUUCUACCAGGAGACCGAGUCUGAUAUAAACACCUUCGGUGGCCUGACCGAGUCCACCAUGUACCACGACGAGGGUUGGAGCUUCCUGCAACUGGGCCGCUACGUGGAACGAGUUGGGGGCGUCUGUUCACUCCUGAACUCGCAGAUCGAAAUAAGCGGACUCCAAGAGGACGGCGAGUACUUCGAGGCGGACUGGACCUCGCUGCUGCGCAUCUUCCACGCCGUCGAGGUGUACCACCACAUCCACAAGGCGGAUGUUGUACCCGGCCGUGUGCUGGAUCUUCUGGUCAGCGACCCCCUGCUGCCCGAGUCGCUUUCCCGUUCCAUGAAUCUUGCCAUGACGGAGAUCGACAACAUCGGCCGGGGGCCCCGUCGCCACUCUCCAGCCGCGCCACGACCCCUACGGGAGAAGGACGUGAAAGUUGGAAUCGGAUUGCCCGGCAACGUACCGGGCACCAAGGGUGAAUUCAUCCUGGAAUGGGCCAGGCGCGCCGACGCCGGUCCCUUCUCCAGCCUGGGCACCAUCGACCGCCUGGUCUAUGACAACUAUGAGCCCCUGGUCAUCCUGUCGGCCGCUGCCGGAGCCACCAGCCGGGUGCGCCUGCUGACCUGCGUGCUGCUGGCGCCGUUGCACAACCCUGGCAUUCUUGCCAAGCAGGGCGCGAGCCUGGAUGCCAUUUCCGGGGGACGCCUGACCCUCGGCGUGGGAGUGGGCCGCCGUCCCGACGACUACAAGGCCGCGCCCGCCGAGUACAGCCAGCGAGCCGCCAGAUGA